UGCUUCCACCAAUGCGUACCCACAACAAACAUCAAACCAGUGACUUUAUGACAUUAAGUGGUGCAUUUUUGGGUGUCGUUACAGAUUCUAACACGUUAAUGAGGAUAAUUCCACCAUAUCGAUGGAUAAAAGUGGCUGGUCUUUAGUAAAUGAAGCUGAAUAUUGGACUAAGGAGGACACUGUUAGCAUCCGGUAGCUAAAGCUAAGUGGAAGUUUUCGGGCUGGUGUGGAAGAACUUCACGACCCGGUGAAUUCUGACUGAAAAAAAGCAUCAUAUGAGAGACUGGACGGCUUUUAAAAACAACAAGUAACAGGACGGCGUGUGUGAUGUAGUCAUCUGACUGGACUCUUUGCCUUUCUGUCUGUCCACUGAGGAGUGAUGGAUGACGACAUCCCGACCCUCAAGCCCAGACGGAUCCAGAAUCAAAACGUUGUUCAUCGCUUAGAAAGGAGGAGGAUCUGCUCGGGACGGCCAGGGGCUCACUGGUACCGAGUGCGCUGCUUCCACCAGAACCUGUUCCCCAACUUCACCGUGGUAAAUGUGGAGAAACCCCCGUGUUUCCUGAGGAAGUUCUCACCAGAUGGACGCUGCUUCAUCGCCUUCUCCUCAGACCAGACGUCUCUGGAGAUUUAUGAAUACCAAGGCUGCCAGGCGGCUCAGGAUCUGCUCCGAGGCCAGGAGGGGGAGACUCUGCUGACGGCCAACGACCAGCGCUCCCUCAACAUCCGAGGACGCCUGUUCGAGCGCUUCUUCUCGCUGCUCCACGUCACCAAUGUGGCCUCUAACGGCGAACACCUCAACCGCGAGUGUAGCCUCUUCACCGACGACUGCCGCUACGUCAUCGUGGGCUCGGCGGUGUACGUUCCAGAGGAGCCGCCGCCGUACUUCUUUGAGGUGUAUCGCAACAAUGAAUCGGUGACCCCUAACCCUCGUUCUCCUCUGGAGGACUACUCCCUCCACAUCAUCGACCUCCACACCGGCAGACUGUGCGACACCAGGUCCUUUAAGUGUGAUAAGAUUAUUCUGUCCCACAACCAGGGCCUCUACCUCUACAGGAACAUCCUGGCUGUGCUGUCGGUCCAACAGCAGACCAUACAUGUCUUUCAGGUGACUCCAGAGGGGACGUUCCUGGACGUACGGACCAUUGGACGCUUCUGUUACGAGGACGACCUGCUGACUCUUUCAGCCGUUUACACCGAGGCCCAGGCCGAGAGUCAGCCGGGUUUCCCUCGUCUCUACACCGACAAAACCAUCAACUCCCUAAAGCAUCGGCUGCUGGUCUACCUGUGGAGGAGGGCGGAGCAGGACGGCAGCCCCACCGCCAAGAGGAGAUUUUUCCAGUUUUUCGAUCAGCUGAGGAGGCUGAGAAUGUGGAAGAUGCAGCUGUUGGACGAGCAUCACCUCUUUAUUAAAUACACCAGCGAAGACGUGGUCACACUGCGAGUCACCGACCCCUCACAGGUACCAACACACACAUGA